AUGGAGUCAGAGGAACGUGAUAGAAAAAUCACCAAGCUUGCAGCAGAAAUACGUAGACUCACUGCGCUGCUCGGGGACCGGGACUCGAGGCUUCGGCGCCUGACGGAGCUGCUGGCCAACGUGACGCUGGACCCGGAGACCGCCCACCCCCGCCUCAUCCUCUCCAAGGACCAGAAGAGAGUCCGAUGGGAGUAUGUGCUGCAAGAACCUCCCGACAGCCCCGAACGCUUCGACGCCGACCCUUGCGUGCUGGGUUGCGAAGCCUUCGCCUCCGGGAGACACUGUUGGGUGGUGGAUCUCACCGAGGGACAGUUCUGCGCCGUUGGGGUCAGCAGAGAGUCCCUCCGGAGGAAGGGACCCCUCAGCUUUAACCCCGAGGAAGGGAUCUGGGCGGUGCAGCAAUGGGGGUUUCAGAAUCGCGCCCUCACCUCCCCUCCAACCCUCCUUAACCUGCCGCGCGUCCCCAGAAAGAUCCGGAUCUCUCUAGACUACGAGUGGGGAGAGGUGGCUUUCUUUGACGUGGAGAACGAAAUACCCAUCUUCACUUUUCCUCCGGCUUCCUUCGCCGGGGAGCGGAUCCGGCCGUGGUUCUGGGUGGAGUUGGGCUCGCUCUCUCUGGUCCGAUGA